AUGUCCUCUUUCACAUACUACUCCCUGCCCAGCUUCGGGGAGCAAUGCCGCCAGCUAUACGGCUUCAGCGAUGCCUGCAUCAUUGGUGACCGCCUGAUUGUCACCGGCCAGACGGGAAUGAAUCCAUACACGUCUCAGACCUCUCCUGACCUGGAAGAUCAAGUUGCCCAGGCAUUCGAGAAUAUCAAAUCUCUCAUCGAGCGGACCCUCCAACAGGCGGGGUAUGUCGUCAAGUUGCACGCCUACGUUGUUGGAUUGUCUGCGGUGCGGGACGAAGCCCGGGCAAUCAUGGUGCGACACAUCAAGAAAGCGUGCCCGAAUCACCAGGCGCUUUUCACAACGGUGGGGAUCGAGAGUUUGCCGUUUGCGGAACACCGCGUGGAGUUAGAGGUGGAUGUUUGGCUUCCUUGA